AUGUGGAUUCUGCGAUACCAGUAUAUCGAUGAAACUGGCUCAGAAAUCAGAGUUUCUUGCUGCCUAAAAAAGGGCACUCAAUAUGUCGUUGGGCGCUCGGUUAAGAGCCCUCUUCAAAUUAAAGGCGAUAAAAGUAUAUCAAGAAAACAUGUCCAGCUGGAGGUCAGGCAAAAUUCAAAGCUCGAAGUCCUAAAUGCGGGAAAGCUUACCAAAAUUGGUGGGGAUAACGUGAAGAUGGACCAAAUGUUGGAGUUCGGUGCUGAUCAAAGUGUCGCACUGGAAAUGGGAGCAGGGCCCGUGAAAGGUACAGUCACUUAUGAACCGGCAAUUUGGAAAAUACCACACGACCUAGCUAUUACAGAGAGCUUGAAAAAUCAUCUAUCGCUCUAUGACAUACAAGUUACUAAUUCUCUCACUUCCAAAACCAGUGUUCAGAUCAUCAAAGAACACCAGAAGUCGCACGGAAACUGCUUGUUUGCGCUAGUUAAAAAAAUACCCAUUAUGUGUGAGGGCUUCAUUGGUGACUUUGUUUCACAAUUCGCAGACACGCAAAUCGACUUCGAUGCUAAAUGGGAACAGAUUACUUUAAAAAACGCUCCGUUUUUAGAACUUCAGACUAAAGAUGCAGCUUUCAAAGGGUUGAACUUCGUGGUCACUAACCAAAAGACAUUCGCCAUUUACAAGAGUAUUAUUGACGCAGGCUCUGGAAAUUUGUGGCUAUGCGGUGACGUAUCCAACCUUGGUACCUUUAUAGAAAAGCAAAUCAAGUCAGAGAACGUGGUUAUUCUGAUACACCUCAUCGAAGAAGCACCUGCGCUUGCUUCGGAGCAAAACAACUCUAUGCAUAUCCAGGAAGCCAAGCUACUCAAAAACAAGGCACGAAGUUUGGGCUUUAAAACUCGUGAUGUGAAUGAUAUUGUUGAUGCAGUUCUUAAAAACGAUAUACUGAGUUUGCUAGACCGAGUACCGCAAGAAAAGGCUUUGGAAGAAAACUCAGCGGGAGGAAGCAUUGCGGGCUCCCAGGUGCUUGCUGAUAUAGUCGCCGACGCUCCUAACUUGCGGAACAAGCGGAAAAGAGCAAACAGACAAAUUCAGCCACUAAAUAGUCUUGCGUUUUUCGGUGGGGGAUCUUCUCUCUCACAAAAGUUGGAGCAAGUUUCUACUCCCGCAAAAGAGCAAAAUCUUGAGCUUCAAGAGGGCUUGGGCGUGCACACAAAUCCAGAAGUUCAUCCUUUGUCUAAAAAGCCCCGUGAAGAAAAGAAUACUCUGCAUUCUGCUGGAAACAAUUCAACAACAACUUUCUCUGAGACCCCAAUACAUCAAGAAGAUGUCCAGAUUGGUUCUGAACCUUUAAAUCACUCAGCGGCUCAUUCAGUAAUCUCAAAGGAGGACGAAUCUACGCAUACGGACGAGAGGAACAAAACGUUGGUUAAUUCUGCUAAAGAUGCGCGCACCGUGACUUUCCCUUCUAUACAUAAGAACGAACUCAAAAGCUCACGUACGCUCUCAAAUGAGGCCAAAGUUGAAGGUAACAUUAGCCAUGCUGAUACUGAGGUACAAGCUAUCAAGCGCCCCAGGUCUCUCAUACAGGCUUUCCAAGAAGCUAAACAACAUGAAGUUCACAGACUAAAAAAAAACAUGGCUGAUGUUGGGAGUGAGGAGCUUACAGAAGAAGCCAUUAAUAAGCUCGACAACCUUGCUUCUGUAGAAAAGGUGGACUUGAUGAGAAGGCCAAGUGAAGUACCUGAGAAUUCUAAUCAACGCAUAUUGACGAACCCACAGUGGGCUAGGAGAAAGAAUUUCAAAAAGUUUGUGAAAUUGUGGCCAUCACAUUCUUCUAGAAGCAGCCCAGAUAAUAUCACUGAUGCUGUUAGGAAUAAAGCUUACCUCAUAACCAGAGAUUAUGUGUCACUUUGUCCUUAUGACGGUACCAGGAAUAAUAGCGCAGAUGAUGGAUUUGGCGACGCUUGCCAACAGCAUGCUGCCGCGGAACAAUCUAAUCUAACAGCAUCCCCCGGAAAUUUGGCUUUGUUGGGAGUAGAGGUUGAGAAUGGACCAGCGUUUGCUUUUCAAAGCCAGCGUGCCGCCAACUCACAGGCAAAUUCUCUAUUUAACGAGACUGACAAUCGCAGAGUUGAGGAGAGGAGCCCAGAACGCAAUCAAGAGCUUUUUGUAGUUGAUGAGGACGACUCGCAACCACAAGUGGCGUGCUAUAGCAAUAAUGUCUCUCAAGUUCCAUCAAGGCUUGAAGAUGCGGAUCAAAGCCUGCAGCCCGACGAGCGCAGGGUACCAAGAGUCGCUUCGCUAAGAAAUACUGUCCAACAUGAAAGUGACGACAGUGAUGACGAACCCCAAUUUCGCUUUCAAUCGAGAAGAUAA